CUUAGUGAUAGUACAUAUGGCUAUCUCCGCUACCCACCUUGCCAUUCAUCGAGGCCCCAGCGGAAGACCGUUCAGAGGCCUACAAUUUGUUUAAAAGAAGGUUCACCGCUGCUCCGCAUGGAUGGUGCGCCAGCUGUCCCGAACCUCUGGAACCGACAGCUUUUAGCUUCCAAUCCCACGGAUCCUCUGUCUCAUCUCUAGAUAUUGCUACCCUCCGUGCAUUCACAUAUCGUCAAGCAAGGCAACGCAACCCCACUGUGUGCAUAAUUAUACAAUACGCCAAAACGUUAUUCACAAUGUCGGCCACAAGCGUCCAGCUCGCGGGCAACGCAGCUACCGCCGCCCACUUCGACAGCCUACUCCAUCUGGUGAACCACAAGGAUGAAGCUGUCAACGAAGCCCGGCAUGCACAGAAGGAACGUGAUCGCUUGGUACGUCUCAUGCGUGGCGCGCGUGUUCGGAUCCCAGACCUCCAGGCCACGAUGAGCCACUGGGCUCAAGGAGUGAACCCCGAGAUUGCGCGUCUGGAGCUUGAUUCCCAAAAGGCAUUGGCAGAGAUCCUACACCGCCCCGAGGACUCAGGUCGUCUCAAGAAGAUGAACAGGUCCGGCGUUGCUCUCUUCGGUGCGUCCUGGUGGGCGUAUGCGCCGUAUGAAGCCCUCCUCAUCGCCACGCUCCUCUCCAUCUGGCUUUUUGUGUGGGACGACGAGUCCGACUCGGUCGAGUUCUCCGACCUCAUCAACGACUUUGAGAGGUCGUGUGCUUUCCGAAGGGAGACCAUGGCGUACAUUGAGGCGAGCAUGCAGAAGAACCGCACAGUCGACCUGUCCAGCAUCUCAACGAACUCCGUCGUCACAAACUUCAGGCCUGUUGGCGAGGCUAUUGCUACUCACUGCAACGACAGACAAGUUAAGACGUUCCUUGACGAGCUUCGAUUCUUCAUCACGAUGAGCGAGGAGGAACAGAUGUACCAAAUGACACCGAACUUACCCACCGUGGAGGAGUACAGCAACCGCCGCAUGGGGUCGAGUGCCGUGCGCGUUUGUCUUGCCAUCACGGAAUAUGCCUUUGGCAUUACGCUGCCUGACCAGGUCAUGAAUGACGAGGAUAUGGAGAAGAUCUGGAACGAGACCAACAUCAUCAUCUCGACAACCAACGAUAUCCUCUCCAUCAAGAAAGAAGUCGCUCAAGAUCAGGUCGACACACUCAUCCCUCUGCUCGCCGACCGCCUUGGCUCGCCACAAGCCUCCAUCGACCGCUCAUCACAGAUUGUGGAGGAGUCGGUGGAGCGUCUCGACGCCGCAUCCGAGAGGCUGCUGGCUCGCUACGCACAUGACGAGAAGACGCAGGCGGACCUCGGCAAGUUCAUUGAGGGCUGCCAAUAUGCCUGCACGGCGAACCUGAACUGGAGCAUGGUCUCGGGCCGCUACAGGCUGAACCUGACAACGAUGAAGGGCGGCGUUUGGGUUACCCUGUGAGGGCAAUCCCUCCGAGGAUCGGUGAUGUCUGAGUUGCCGCAAUCAUGCUUUCAAGCACAAUGAUGAAAUCGGGCGUUCUCUUGUUUCUGUUGGCGUUUGGAUCAGU